CGAAUAAUGACAUUUUGAUGAGAAACCACAAUAUGAGACCCACGGGUUGUAGCCCUUUUAGUUUUGGUCCAAAAAAUCAUGGUUCAAAACAUGAAUCAAAUGCAACCCAUAGUGGUGCUCGUGGACAUUUCAAACGUGGUCGUGGUAUUGGUCGUUAUAAUGGACCUAGCCGGGGAAACAAACAGAGUAGUAGCUCAUUUUACAAAGGCAUGGGAAAGCAAAACCCCCAUCAAACAAAAGGCCCGACGAAAUCUUCAGAAAAGGCCAAAGUCACUUGUUUUAAAUGUGGCACGUCGGGAUAUUGGGCAAAUAAAUGUCGUACACCUAGAUAUUUGAUUGACUUAUAUAAAUCAUCUCUAAAAGGAAAGAAUGUGGAAACUAAUUACGUCAACGAAAACGUUCCACCAAU